GUCAUGUCAACUACGCUUAUAUUUGACAACGGUUGUAGUGCAAUCAAAGCUGGUUAUGUAACCGACGCUCAUCCAAGGUUUUUCUUAAACUGUAUUGUCAAGACGAAAAAUGAUCGUAAAAGAGUUUACGUAGCAGAUGAGAUUGAGGAGUGCCGUGAUCAUUCAAGUAUAUUUUUUCUCACUCCCGCAGAAAAAGGAUACAUCGGAAUGGUGAUGGUGGGUAAAGAAAUUCUGGCGGAAGUUUUAGUAAACUGGGACGUGGAACAACAGAUAUGGAACAGAGUUUUUGGAGAAGAUGGUUUAAAUGUUUCAUUUUCGGAUACUCGUAUUAUUGUAACCGAUACCAUUUAUAACGUUCCGGCUAUUCAUGAUGUGUCGGAUGAGAUACUUUUCGAAUUGUAUGGGUUCGAUGCUGUCGCAAAAACAAGUGCUUCAUCACUCAUUGCUGUGUCUGAUACAGUGAUUGAAGAAUAUAAAGAGGAAGAGUGUUGUGUCAUAGUUGAUACAGGAUUUUCUUUCACUCAUAUAGUGCCAUAUUAUAAAGACAAAGCUAUACGAAAAGGAAUUAUAAGAAUCGAUGUUGGAGGCAAGGUUCUGACCAAUUUAUUGAAAGAAUGGAUUUCAUAUAGACAGUUAGAUGUCAUGGAAGAAACUUAUGUUAUUAAUGAAUGUAAAGAAGAUAUUUGUUUUGUUGCUGAUGAUUUUAAUAAAUAUAUGGAUAUCGCAAAGCAUCAUGGAGAAAAGAACACAGUCGUCCAGGAUUACGUCCUUCCAGAUUUCAUUAAUCAUAGUCGGGGAUUCAUUUGCUCGCCAGAUGACAAUGAUUAUGAUGAUCUGCAGAAACUGAGGGUUAAUGUAGAGAGGUUUACUGUGCCUGAAGCGCUGUUUACACCAUCAGAUAUUGGAAUAUCUCAGAUGGGUAUACCGGAAGCCAUUGCAGUGUCUGUUAAUAGGUGUCCAUAUGGUAUGCGAGGUCGAAUGUUCAAAAAUAUAGUUCUCUGCGGUGGAAACGUUUUAUUCACAGGAUUUAAAGAGCGGCUUAUCAGGGAUCUACGGCCGUUAGUAGAUCAGAUGUAUGAGAUACGACUCAGAAAAGUUGUUGAUCCAAUAAUACAUGCUUGGUGUUGUGGACGAGAUGGAGUGAGACUUGGCGCUUGGGAAAAUCGGUUUGUUUUUGAUUUUUUUAAUGUCCAACUUGUCGGUUUCAGAUUUCUGACGAAAGCGGAAUACGAUGAAUGUGGAUCUAACAUUUAUAUGGAUAAAUUUUUAAAUUUUUGUGAACUCAAAAAUGAAGUACUUGUUAUUUUCUAUUUGGAUUUAUUUUUUAUUUAUAUUUUUCGUUCUGUAGAUGCAACUAUUUACGUUGGUGGUUUGGAUGAAAAAGUGACGGAUGCAAUCUUAUGGGAGCUGUUUGUGCAAGCAGGACCCGUUGUUUCAGUCAAUAUGCCGAAAGAUAGAGUCACGAGCUCGCAUCAAGGCUUCGGUUUUAUUGAAUUCAUGGGCGAAGAAGAUGCAGAUUAUGCGAUAAAAAUUAUGAAUAUGAUCAAAAUAUAUGGAAAACCGAUCAAGGUGAAUAAAGCAUCAGCCCAUGAGAAAAAUAUGGAUGUUGGGGCCAAUGUUUUUGUUGGUAAUCUAGAUCCUGAUGUGGAUGAAAAAUUGCUUUUCGAUACGUUCAGUGCUUUUGGUGUUAUUUUGCAGGUUCCUAAAAUCAUGCGAGAUGCUGAAACUGGUAGCAGCAAAGGUUUUGCAUUUGUAAAUUUUGCAUCUUUUGAAGCAUCUGAUUCGGCCAUUGAAGCAAUGAAUGGUCAAUUUCUGUGUAAUCGAGCUAUAACAGUUAGCUAUGCAUUCAAAAAAGAUACAAAGGGUGAACGUCAUGGUACUGCUGCAGAACGAAUGCUAGCUGCUCAGAAUCCUCUAUUUCCUUCAGACAAGCCGAAUCAAAUCUUUUCGGAUGGCAAACUGCCGUUUGUACCGCCACUUCAUCCACCACCACCAGGUCCACCAUUACCACCACCGAUGUUGCCGCCAAUGUCAGGACCACCACCAGCAAUCUUCCCACCACCACCUCCCCCAAUGCCUACACCAGGUGCAACACCAAUUCCGCCUCCGCCUCCACCUCCAGCUCCACCUACACCAAUGGGUACUCCUAGACCUCCUCCUCCUAUGAGUGCUCCGCUGUCGAUAUGGGGGAUGCCACCACCGCCACCAAUAACACCAGGAAUACGGCCGCCUGCCACGCCGACUCCUACUCCUCCUCCUCCACCACCUCCUUCACGCAAUUUUGUUCGCAUACCUCCACCUUUCCCUCCAAUGCAGCAAAAUCGUGCAACUUUUCCUCCACCGCCGCCACCUUCGGUUCGGAUCAUGCUUCCUCCACCACCUCCAGUCAUACAUCCUUCUUUGCCACCACCUCCUCCUUCAUCCACUCCUGUAUCCGAAUAA